ACUUCCAUCUCUUUCAGUCGUUUCAUCUCGUACCUCGUCGGUGGUUUCAUUCUUCGAGACGCGAUACAUUUACGCAUUACGUGCAGUGAUGUCGAUCCAUUCAUUACUGGCGUUCGUCGUUCUUUCCUCUGGAUAUCUGACAGUUUUCUGUCAGAGUCCAAAGCCAGAUGCAUUUCAGCAUACUCUCGGUCACAUUAUGCCUCAGACUUCACCGGAAGUGCAGGCUGAGGCGGCCAGAGGCGUUGCUGAAAGACUGUUGGGGCAAAACCAUGCCGGGAAAUUCAUGAUGAUCGUGAUCCCCGAACUCGGUCCUAUAGGAAAAGACACGUUUCUGAUCAAGAAGAACGUGCUCGAUCAAGUGGAAAUCAUAGGCAGUUCCGGCGUGGCUUUGGCCUGGGGUCUGCACUACUACCUGAAGAACUAUUGCAACGUUCACGUUUCGUGGGAGGGAAGUCAGAUCGAACUUCCGCCGACUUUGCCAGACGUUCGAGUGAAAGUCACGUCCAACGACAGAUUUAGGUAUUAUCAGAACGUGUGCACCCUUGGUUAUACCUCCGCAUGGUGGCAAUGGGAACAUUGGGAAAGGAACAUCGACUGGAUGGCCCUUAAUGGAAUCAAUUUGGCUCUUGCUUUUAACGGGCAAGAGGCUAUCUGGCAGAGAGUAUACCUCCAAUUGAAUUUCACUUCAGACGAGAUUAAUGAACACUUUGGCGGGCCAGCGUUUUUACCUUGGUCUAGAAUGGGCAACAUUCGUGGUUUCGGUGGCCCUCUAACGCCGAAGUGGCACGAAAAAUCGCUUCGACUACAACACCGAAUCAUCCAGAGGAUGAGGGAGUUGGGGAUCAUUCCUGUUCUUCCUGCUUUCGCUGGCCACGUGCCCAGAGCUUUUCCCAGAUUGUUCCCGAACGCCAACGUGACGAAAAGCACAGCUUGGAACCAGUUUUCGGAUAAAUAUUGCUGUCCGUAUCUCUUGGAACCGACGGACCCGCUGUUUCAAAGAAUCGGAGAACUGUUUCUGCAAACGUACAUCGAGGAAUUUGGCACCGAUCACGUUUACAACUGCGACACUUUCAACGAGAACGAGCCGUACACCAGCGAGCUGAGAUUUCUGAGAAAUGUGGGGCACUCGAUCUUCCAAGCAAUGAUCAACGUUGAUCCACAGGCGAUAUGGUUAAUGCAAGGAUGGUUGUUCGUCCACGAUGCUGCUUUCUGGACAGAACCGAGAGUCGAGGCUUUCUUAACUUCUGUCCCACUGGGAAGAAUGAUCGUGUUGGACCUUCAGUCGGAACAAUUCCCACAGUACAACAGACUGAAGUCCUACUAUGGGCAGCCAUUUAUUUGGUGCAUGCUGCACAAUUUCGGCGGCACUCUCGGAAUGUUCGGAUCGGCUCAAAUUAUUAAUCGCCGAGUGUUCGAAGGAAGAAACAUGAAAGGCAGUACAAUGGUCGGGACAGGCUUGACACCAGAAGGCAUAAAUCAAAAUUACGUUGUUUACGAGCUGAUGAACGAGAUGGCCUAUCGCCAGGAACCCGUCAACUUGGACAAUUGGCUAGAAGAUUACGCCAGUCGAAGAUACGGCGCGUGGAACGAGUACGCUGUUGCAGCAUGGAAGAAUUUGGGUAGAACCGUGUACAAUUUCUCAGGCACCCGGAAAAUCAGAGGGAAAUACGUGAUUACAAGGCGACCGAGCUUAAAUCAGCUGCCGUGGAAUUGGUACGAUUCGGAGACCUUUUACCAUACUUGGCAUCUGUUCCUCCAAGCAAGACACGGAAGACAAAACAGCACUCUCUAUAGACACGAUGUGGUUGACGUAACUAGACAAGCUCUUCAACUCAAAGCGGAUGAAAUUUACGGUGCUCUAGUAGAAUCA